GAGGGAUAUGAAAGGAGGGGAACAGACAGCCAUUACCGCGCCACUCGGGCUCUGUAGUCCUGCUCUUCCGUUACCCGGCUCGGUGUGAUCGCUGGAGGAAAGACUUCCCAACAGUCCACAGCGGAUUGCGUUAAAGCCGGUGGAUCACAGGAUCGUAGCCGGGAUCUCCUCGCAUCCCUGCCCGCGUGGCUCAGUCCGGGGCUCGGGGACUCCGGCGAUCUCCGCCCCACGGCGACAUGUCUUCUUCUGAUGAGGAGAGCCUGAGUGAGCGCUCAUGUGUGAGCGAGCGUUCGUUUCGUAGUGAGCGUUCAGGGGGAUCCCUGUCUCCGUGCCCUCACAGCACCACUGGGCCGAAAGGGGACACUCUGCCUUGGAAUCUGUCCAAACAUGAGAGACGCAAGCGGAAGAGCCAGGACUCUGUGCUGGAUCCUGCGGAGAGAGCUGUGGUGCGAGUAGCAGAUGAGCGAGACAGGGUGCAGAAGAAAACCUUCACCAAAUGGGUCAACAAGCACCUUAUCAAGGUGCGGAAGCACAUUACAGACCUGUACGAGGAUCUACGAGAUGGACACAACCUCAUCUCUCUGCUGGAGGUGCUGUCUGGAGUCACGCUGCCCAGAGAAAAGGGCCGGAUGCGAUUCCAUCGACUGCAGAACGUGCAGAUUGCCUUGGAGUUCCUCAAACAGAGACAGGUCAAACUGGUAAAUAUCAGAAAUGAUGACAUUACAGACGGAAACCCAAAGUUAACUCUAGGCCUGAUCUGGACCAUCAUCCUCCAUUUCCAGAUCUCUGAGAUCUAUGUGAGUGGUGAGUCAGGUGACUUGACAGCCAAGGAGAAGCUUUUGCUAUGGACUCAAAAGGCCACCGAGGGCUACCCUGGCAUUCGCUGCGUCAACUUCUCCUCCAGCUGGAGCGAUGGCCGCAUGUUCAAUGCCCUCCUGCACAGAUACAGGCCAGACCUGAUUGACAUGGAGCUGGUGGCACGCCAGAGUAACCGUGACAACCUGGAGCAGGCGUUUGAGAUCGCAGAGUCGCUAGGAGUGACACGACUUCUGGAUGCUGAAGAUGUGGAUGUACCCUCACCAGAUGAGAAAUCGGUCAUCACCUACGUGUCCUCAAUCUAUGAUGCCUUUCCCAAGAUCCCAGAGGGAGGAGAAGGCAUCACGCCGCAAGAGGUUGACCAGCGAUGGGCAGAGUACCAGUCUCAUUUCUCCUCGUUGCUGCAGUGGACGAGGCAGCACAUGGCCCUCAUGGCCAACAAGAACUUCCCCCAGAACCCUGUGGAGCUCAAGGCACUUUACAAUGAAUACGUCCACUUCAAAGAAACCGAGAUUCCUGCGAAGGAGACGGAGAAAGGGCACAUCGAACACCUUUACAAGCUGCUGGAGGUAUGGAUCGAGUUCGGGCGCCUCAAACUCCCACAGGGAUUGCACCCUAACGACCUGGAGGAGCAGUGGGGGAAACUGAUCCUGGAGAUGCUGGAGAGAGAGAAGGCGCUGCGGCCUGCUGUGGAAAGACUGGAGUUACUCCUACAAAUGGCUAAUAAAAUUCAGAACAUGGCUGUGGACUGUGAGGAGAAACUCACCUUGGCCAAGAACACACUGCAGUCGGAUAUGUCUCAGCUGGAGAGAGGAGAGCAAGCACGCUGUGAGCAGGAGCUGGGUGCAUACCUGCAGGACUGUGAGGCUCUGGUCCGCCAAAUGCAGCUGGACCUGCAAAUCCUCCGAGAUGAGAAGUACUACCAAGUCGAACAGCUGGCCUUCAGAGUGACACGUCUGCAGGAGGAGCUGGUCUCCCUGCGACUGCAGUGCUCCAGUGUUUACAGAAAAGGCCACUUCCUGUCAGGAGGAAUGAUGGGAGAUCAGACUCAGAUGCUCACCUCGGGGAGCUUGGCCACGCUUGGAGCCCAGACAUUGCUGGGGGCAGCAGGCGUCAUGGCAAACCUGCUCAGACGGCCCAUGUCUCGCUCCGAACUGGUGGCCAUGUCCUCAUCUGAGGACGAAGGGAGUUUGCGCUUCAUUUACGAGCUUCUGGGAUGGGUGGAGGCAACGCAGGAGCUGCUGGAGCGGGCUGAGUGGGGCUCCGACUUGCCGUCUGUAGAUCAGCACUUGCAGGAUCACCACACCAUCCACAGUGCCGUGGAAGACCUGCUGCACAGCCUGAAGGAGGCUCGUAGUUAUGAGCCACGUGUCUCUUCCAAUUUCCGAAGCAAUUAUUCUGAAACCUUGGCCAAGCUGGAGAACCAGUACUGCAAACUGCUCGAGCAUUCGUCAUGGCGACUGCGUUGCCUGGAGAGCUUGCGAGCGUUUGUGUCACAUUGCACUGAAGAGCUCAUCUGGCUCAAUGAGAAAGAAGAGGAGGAGCUGGCCUUCGACUGGAGUGAGAACAACACCAACAUGGCUGCAAAAAGAGAACAGUAUGCUGAAUUGAGGGCAGAGCUGGAGGAAAAACAGGAAGUGAUGCACUCCCUACAAGAAACAGCUGAUCAGCUGUGCCGGGAGAACCACCCAGCCAAACAGACUGUAGAGGCCUACAGAGCUGCCUUACAGACACAAUGGCAGUGGGUUGGCCAGCUGUGUGUAUGUGUGGAGCAACAUCUCAAGGACAACACUGCCUACUUUCAGUUCAUGAGUGAUGCACGAGAAUGUGAGACGUACCUGCGACAGCUUCAGGACACCAUCAAGCGGCAGUACACGUGUGACCAAAACAGCAGACUAGGCAAACUGGAGGACCUGCUGCAGGACUCCAUGGAGGAGAAGGAGCAGCUGAUCAAGUACCGUAGUACAGUGGCCAGCCUGGUAGGACGAGCCAAGACGAUGGUCCAGCUCCGGCCACGUAGCGCUGACUGCGUUCUGGGUACCACCACGCCCAUCCGUGCCAUCUGUGACUACAAACAAAUAGAGAUCACGGUCAGUAAAGGAGAAGAGUGCGUGUUAGAGGAUAACUUGCAGAGGACGAAGUGGAAGAUCAUCAGUCCGACAGGAAAUGAAGCCAUGGUGCCAUCAGUGUGCUUCACAGUUCCGCCACCCAACCAGGAGGCUAUUGACACUGCCAGCAGAAUAGAGCAGCUAUACCAGAACGUGAUGUCCUUAUGGCACCAGCUGCACAUGAACAUGAAGAGUGUGGUGUCCUGGCACUAUCUGCAGAAGGACAUCAGCAACAUCUCUUCCUGGACUUUGGACACGGUGCGCUUCCAGUCUCCAUCUGACAGACAGCAGACCCUGGAUCACCUGGACGCCCACCUAGCUGAUUUCCUGGCAGACAGCCGUGAGAGUGCCUUGUUUACGGCAGCCGAGAGGCGCGAGCUCGAGCAGGGAGCACAGGACUGCCACGAGCACUGCCAAGCACUGCUGAUCUCCAUGGAGACAGUGGAGAAGGAUGAGUCGGUAUCACGCUCCUACCUCUCAGAGCUGCAGAGCAUAAAGUCUCAUCUGCAGGAGGCAGAGCAGAAGCUGAUGAUUGGCAUGCAGACCCCGCCCCCUAGUGGAGUGUCAGGAGAAGGUGCAGGCACAGCUGUUCAUAUUGCAGAGCAGGAGAAACUACAACAGCAUCUGAAAAAUCUGCAGUCGGAUCUGGGUGACGUGUCUCGUCGCUGUGUGAGCUUCUUUGAGGAGAAGCCCUCCUCCUCCAAUGUGCCUGUGCUUCGCUCCGAGCUCAAUCUAGCUGUGGAGAAAAUUGAGCGACUCAACUCGCUGUCCUCUGUCUACCUGCACAAGUUGAAAACCGUAGAUGUGCUGAUGAGAAGCUUACAGGCUGCUGAGAGUCAGGUGAAGAAGUAUGAGGGACGAUUGAGCGAGGAGGACAUAGUUCCUGCUGAUACCACUGCCAUCCAGGUCUUGAGAGAACAGAUAAGGAAAUGGCAUUCAGAGGUGAAGGAGCAGGACCACAUCUUCCAGUCUCUGAGCUCAGAGGUGCAGCGGGCACGCGAAGCAGGCGCCCAGCUCAGUCAGCUGCAUGCUGAGCGCAGUCCUGAGCUGGAGCGCUACCAGGAGAAAGCCCAGCAGCUCACAGAGAGAUGGAAUGGAGUACGCAGACAAAUGGAGACACGGCAAUCUGAUCUGGAUGUGAUAGGCUCAGUGCUGCAGCAGUACAGAGACGGUCACUCUGGUCUUAUCCGCUGGAUUGAAGAGACCACCGAGAAACAAGAGAACACUCAGCCUGAGCAGACUGACAGCAAAGCCCUGUCUGAGCAGCUCGCACAGCAGACGGCUUUGGUGGCUGAGAUUGAACAGAACCAAGUGAAACUGGACGAGUGCCAGACGUACUCUAAACACUACUGCACUGCUGUCAAGGACUAUGAACUGCAGCUGAUGACAUUUAGAGCUUUUGUGGAAUCGACUCAGAAGUCUCCAGUGAAAAGGAGGAGGAUGCAUUCUUCAUCAGAUGCCAUAACACAAGAGUUCAUGGAUCUUCGCACUCGCUACACUGCUCUAGUGACACUGACAACGCAACAUGUCAAGUACAUCAGUGAUGCACUGAGGAGACUUGAGGAGGAAGAGAAACAAGUCGAGGAGGAGAGACAAGCCUGUGUGGGUCAGGUCUCUGACCUGCUAGGCUGGGUUAAGGGCCUUCAGGAGAGAGCUGCUGGACCAACUGAGACCUCACUUGCUGCACAGCAAGCAAUCAGUGAGCAGUUAGCUUCGAAAAGCGAAGAAGUUGCUGAAGCAAUCAGAAGCACACAAGUCUUCCUCCGUUCAAAACAGGCCAGCAAAUUGUCCCCUGAAGAGCGUGCCCAAGUUACAUCACAGCUAGAUGAACUGAAAUCUACCUACAGCCAGCUGUGUGACCGCUCUGCUGCUCAGCUUCAACAGCUAGAAGAACAGCUGGCCAAAGAGGAGAAACGAAAGGGAUAUGAGAUCAUCGGUGGAGUAAUUGAUCUUGGUACUGUGGAAACCUUCCCAGUUUUCCAGUCAGCACAGCGAGGCCUUAUAGACCAGGACACAUGCACUGUGCUGCUGGAGGCACAGCUUGUUAGAGGUGGUCUAUUACAUCCUGAUUCCCCUCAGGGUCUUUCACUAAAAAAGAGUCUCACCUCUGGUCUGAUUGAUAGUCGCAUUUACCAGUCACUAUCAGAAAUAGAAGCCGCCCUUUAUCAUGCCCAAGAGUUAAAAUUAACAAACAGUCACACGAUACCAGUUGCUGCUGCUAUGGAGGUGGGCUACAUAAAAGAACAAAUUGGGCUUCGUAUCUUGGAGCUGCAGGUGAGCACAGGAGGCUUUUGGGAUGACUCCAAUUGUGAAGUUCUUAGUCUUGAAAAUGCUAAAGACAAAGGUCUCAUCUCAGCUGCUGUUUACGAUAAGUUACGCUCCCGUCUUGAUAGGCAAGAGCUUAUUGAUCCUAAUACAGCUGAAAAACUCAGUCUAUCAGAGUUUUAUCAGCGAUGUAUUUUGAAUGAGGAGACUGGCCUGCGUCUACUGCCAGUCAGUCAGCAGGCAAGGGGAACAAUCUGCUUACGAUCUGGUAUAAAGGUCGGCAUUUUCCGGGCAGUCCAAGAGGGACUGAUUGACCGGCAAGUCACUAUUAGACUUCUGGAGGCUCAGCUGUUUGCAGGUGGUAUCACCGAUCCCCGCACUGGUCACCGACUGACAAUAGAAGAAGCUGUGAGGCAUGGCCUUAUGGACCAGGACCUGGCCUGUGCCUUACUGACUCACCAGUUACAAUCAGGGGGAAUCAUAGACCCGGUCAGUGGAGAGCGCCUGGAAUUAGAUGAAUCUAUCCAAAGAAACCUUCUCUCUCCUCGCAUGGCUUUAAGGGUGCUGGAAUCUCUCUGGGCUUUUAUGGGCAUGUUAUGGCCAGAGUCAGGGGAGCUGCUUCCUAUCACUGAAGCUUUACAGCAGGGUGUCAUUUCAGGUCACCUAGCUCGGAAAGUCCUAAACAAGCGACAUUCUAUUGGUGCAAUUUACUCUCUAGAAAGUGGUCAGUUGAUUUAUCUGAGCCAUGCUGAGAACGUUUUGGGACCAGAAGCAGCAGAGGUUCUUCAACAGACACAGAUUCCAGACAUUCUGCCUGCCAUAACUCAAACUGGGUCCCUGCAGCGCUGGGGCUCUUCCUUUUCAUCACCACUGUCCUCUUCAGCCCCUGCCUCACUGCCAUGCCUUCAGCCUGAUACUUCCUUACUGGAGGUGUCCAGGGCCCAGGAGCAAGAUCUCCACUACCUCCUCUCUUACCUUAUGACACACAGCUACAUAAAUGCCCACUCAGGAGAGCGUCUGGUGCUGCUGGACCCUGAACUGAUGGAGCUCAUUAAUGUAACUGGAACAACAAAAGAUCAAAACAGACAUAAACCAGAUUUGAAAGAGCCCUCUGACAGAGAGACAGCAGGAGAACCUGAGUUUAUGAGGUCGUUAAGUGAAACAAAACAAGAAAACAUUCAAAUUCUUAUAGAUGAGAAGAAAAGCUCAACUUUAAAUAUCUCUAGAGAUGAUGAACAAGGAAAACACAUUCUUUUCGAAGAAGAUGGAACAGAUAUAACUGGUAAUAUUUGUAAGACUUCGCUUAAGAAUGCUGUACAAAGAGUUGCAGGCAUUUCUUUAAAAGAAACAAGCACUGAUAGAAUGUUAGUAAAGCUCUCAGAUACAGCCUCCAAAGUAUCAGAGACAGAACCUGAGACAUCACCCCUAUUUGUAAAAGAGGUGAAAAUUUUGUCUACUGAUUCCACAUUUCAAUCACUGAGUCCAGACAUAGAAGAAACGAAUAGGGGAGAACAAUUCCUGGGACUGAUGAAACCAGGCUCUUGGCCUGAGGUUGAGAUGCCUGUCUCAGUUAAGAAUAUGCCUGAUGAAAAUCAAGUGGAAUGUGCACCAUCUGUGAAGAAAUUGUUAGACAUGGAAAAAGAGGACACUGCUGUUAAAACCACAAGUAAAGAUACUGUAGAAGAAAGUCAGCCUGAUCAACUUCAUAUAAAUGCCAGAGAAGGCCUACAAGUGAGGAAAAUUGAAGUAUCAGAUGUAAAUAAACAAAUGUCAGCUGAAACAGAUACCAGCAGAAAUAUGGAAAAUGCAGACUCAUCAAAAAUAAAAAGGACCACAUCAGUGGAAAUUUCUGAAGAUGCAGAGCUUGAUCACAUGGCAAAGGAGUUGCUGCAGGGGGGUCUUUUGACUGUUGGGACCCAAAGGUUGCUCCUUGAUGAGGCUGUAUACCAGGGUCUGCUCCCAGGUAAUAGUGCUGUAAAAGUAAUGUCUAAAGCAGAGAUUUUUGGUGGUUUCCUGGAUGUGCAUGCUUGUCAACCACUGAGCCUUGGUGAUGUUAUACAGGAAGGUCUCCUGGAUAAAGACUUAAUGAACAAGGUUAUCCAAUCAGAAAAGACUAUGGCUGGUGUGUUUGAUGUGGAACAUGGUCGAAUAUGCUCACUAAGGGAAGCUGCUAAAGAAGGGUUUUUAGAUACAGAUACAGUAUCUCGCCUUCUUGAGGCCCAGAUUGUCUCUGGGGGAAUUAUUGACCUUGAAAAAGGCAAAAAAGUUUCAGUUAACCUUGCAGCAAAACUUGGACUAAUAGAGGAAGAGCAAAAAGAUGAACUACUCUUAUUAGAGAAGUCAUAUCAUGGAAAGAAUUCUGAUCCACAUGUAAUACAAACAAAGUUGAAACUACAACUACAGAUGAAUGGAAUAAUAGAUCCCAAAACAAAACAGCCUGUACCUCUUCAACAAGCUCUUCAAAAAGGUCUUAUUGGUCAUGAGGAAACUGAGCAGAUCCUACUGCAACAGGUAGCUGAAGGUGGAAUUGUGCACCAUGGGUCUGGCGUUCGCCUCAGUGUUACUGAUGCAGUACAUCAAGGCCUCAUUGACAAUUCACUUGCUCCAAAACUCAAACGGUUUGAGCAGUCGAGACAAAACCAGUUUAGUUCAGAUCCAAAUGCUGCUUUGCUUCAGGCAGCUGCAGGCUUCAUUUAUGAUGGUGCUUCAAAGAGCAACCUUACAUUGACUGAAGCUGUUUCCUGUGGUGUGAUUGAUCAGGGCACUGCAAAUAAAGCUAUGGGCUCUCCGAUUGUAAAAAGUGGUGUUUUGGAUCCUCAAAAUGCUUGUGUAGUACCAUACUUAGAGCUAAUAAAACAGGGAAAGAUUGACAUUGAGACAGGUUGGAGAUUCCUUGAAGUAAGACCAUUCAGAGGUAUUCCAAACAAAGAAAAUGGUGACCUGAUGACUGUGCCAGAAGCAGUGAAGACUGGUCAAAUUGAUCCCAUUCCAGCACUCAGAUUAUUACAGAGUCAGAUAGAUUCUGGAGGUGUCAUCGAUAUUUCAAAUGGGGAAAAACUACCUCUUCCAGAUGCUGUUGAUAAAGGCCUUGUUCAAAAAGAUGUUGCCAUGAUUAUUGCUAAAAAUUUAUUUUUAGAAGGUAGGUUGGUUAGCCCUGUCAGUGGUCAGAGGGUGUCUAAUCUUAAGGAGGCUGUUCAGGAUGGGCUAAUCUCAGAAGAAAUGGCUGCAGAACUUUGUGAUAACUUUGCACUUGUGGAUCCUCUUGCGUCACAGAGUGUUUCAUAUCAAGACAGUCCUACAGUGAGGAGUUGUGAAAACAUAGAAGUGAGUACAGUGCAUUUUGCCAACAUCGAAAAGCCACUCUCCAGGACUACAGAUCAUCAUAAAGAUAAAUUGGAGGCUGAUACAGAUGAACAGAUACAGGUCCUUCAACAAUACCCGCCAUCUGAAUUGGUGGAACAAAUACAUGUGGAUGUUUCAUCAAGUGGAGUUGGGAAAGAUGCUGAUGUAACAUUAGAGGUUCUAAGUCAGUUUGCUUUAAAAGCAGAAAAAAGGCUACAGGAGGCCAUUGAAGAAUGUAGUCCUAGACAACAUAAAGCUAUAGAACCCCAACAAGAGCCAAGAGACAGAAUUGUUCAGAUUCCACAAAUAUCUGCGAUUGAAUCUAUAGUUGGAAAAGGCUAUGACGUUAUACCCCAAACCACAAAAUCAGAUAUGCAAAUAGAGCCAGCAGUUGAAUUAGCAGGUACUAAAAUGGGCAUAAACCUGGAAAACUAUGAGAAGAGUAGCUUCAGCAUUGACGCUGAAACCACUCACAAGGUGCACGAUGGACAAGCCCCAUUUGACAAAGAAACAAAUGGGAUUACCAAGGCAGCAGAACCGCAGUCAGUAUCUGAUACAAAGACAAUCUGUAAAAGUGAAGAGAGCACUGACAAUAGAAAUGACACACCUAUAUCAACACUUACUGAGGGGCAGAAGGUGCCUGGGAAAAAAAGAGGAAAAGCAAAACAUAAAAAGCAAACCAAAAUAUGUACAGAAAAUGAUGAAAGGUCAGAGGUUCAACUACUAGAUACAAAUGUGACAUCACGGUUGCAAGGUUCUGAGGACAAAAAUGGAAUAAAAGUUUACCCAGAUGAAAAAUCUGGUGAACCCAAUGUGAUAGAAUCAUCAUCAUCAUCAUCUGAAGACACCAUUGCAAAACAGUUUGGAAGUGAAGUUUUAGAUAUUGACCUAAAAGAGGUCAAAGUAGAUCUAGAUAUCAGAGAAGUUAGUGUUGUUACACCUACAGAGGAUGCUAAAGGCAGCCACAUGAUAGAACUAAGCAUUGUUCAAAAAUCUCAGCAUUGUUCAAAAAUUGUGAAUGUAGCUUCACCUUUAUAUGGUGCUGAGAAUAAGACUGUAAAAGCUGAUAUUGGCAUUGAUCAGAAAUGUUCUGAAGAUAAUGUGAAAGUAGAGGAAGAGGUCAAAGAGCUCACAGAGACCAAGUAUGGAAGCGAAGCUGUAGUCACUGAUCAGAAAUCUAAAGAUGUGGACAUGAAAGGAGAGGCUCAAGUAGAUUUAGAGGUUUUAAAACCUCCAUGUUUGAGCUUAACUUCACCUGUAGAGAGAAUGGACACCAUGUUUGAAAAAGAUGCAGUCACUAAUGAAAAAUCUGAAGAUAUCUACUUUAAGAAAGGGGUCAAAAUAGAUUUGGAGGUUGUAAAAACUUCAGACGUGACAGAAGCUUCUCUUGUAGAGGACAUUGAGGACAAGUUUAGAAAAGAAGUUGUGCCUGAUCAAAAAUGUGUUGAAAAUGUGAAAGAACAGAAAGAGGUCAAAGUGGAUAUGAAAGUUCUAAAGCCUAUAUAUAUGGGUGUGACUUCAUCCACAGAAGACAUGGAAACCAACUUUGGAAAGGACAUUGUAGUCACUGAUCAGAACUCUGUAGACGAGAAGAUGAGAGAGGCCAAAGUAGAUUUGAAGGUUAUUGAAGGUGUCAAAGACACCAAGGGCACGUCUGGAAAAGAAGCUGGUGAUCAAAAGUAUAUGGAAGAACAGAGAGAGGUUAAAAUGGAUUUGGAAGCUCUAAGAUCUCCAUGUACGAGCGUAACUUCACCUACAGAGGGCACCAAGAAGUUUGAAAACGAUGUUAUGGUCUCUGAUCAGAAAGAUGCAAACUUGAGAGAUUUGGAAGUUUUAAAAACACCAGAUAAAACAGAGGGUUCACCUGCAAAGCACAUGGAGAACAGAUUUACGAAAGAAUUUGUCGACAUUGGUCAAAAAUCCAUUGAUAAAGAUGUGAAAAUAGAGAGAUUGGUCAAAGCAGAGAUGUCAGGAGUAUCAGAUACAAGUGAUAGUAUUGAGUCUAUCCCAGAGAGUCUACACCAGAGAAUAGAGGUUGAGAAGAGUGUAGUCGUGAUGCAGCAGAGGCAACGUAUGGAAAAUAUAAGUCUGGAAGCGGAAACACCAAAACAUGAUGAUGCAAGUUUGGUUGAUGACCAUAGAAAAGUGACAGAUGAACUGCAGAGUCAAAUACAGUCCACAGUCAUAAAUGAUAUGUCAGAAACACAGGUUGACCAUGAAAUAUAUUACUCUGAGGAUCAUGCUUCAGAUCAGUCAGACAAGAAGAAGAAGAAGAAGAAACGAAAAAGCAAAAAGACCAAGAUGGUAAAUACUGAAAAGGAACCAGAGGAGAGCAAAGUUGAUGAGCCAGUGAAAAGACCACCAGUUGAUGUCUCAUCUCAAAGUCAGACAUUCAGUGCAGUAAGAAAAGAUGGAAUGGAACGACCUCAAAAACCUAACCAGGCACAGCUGGAGAAAGAAGCACUUCUGAUGAAAGCCAAGGAAAGCAUUCUUAGGAAAGUCUUUGAGAAAGGUGUCAGUGAGAAACAAGCUGCUGAAGAGUUAGAAGCAUUACGUCAAGGGUCAGCCAAAGAACGGCAUGUGACAGCUCAGGAGAAAGCCACGAUAGAGGAGAAAAGUUAUUCACUCCAUGCAAAGGAAAAUGAGACUGAUGUAAUACAGACAAAGCAGAUAGACAAAAAUAAAAACCUGCUGCCAGGAGAUGUUUUAACUGGGACAGACUCUACACAAACCCAUUUCACACAGACAGACCAGAAUAAUGAUAACAUUUACAAAAAGCAGGACAUAAGCUGUACAGAGAGCUCAGAUGUUGCUAUGGACCCCAGUAAGCAAAUAUCAAAGCCCGUUAUUGGUUUAGACAGGCAAGUUGGUGAGACGAGAACAAAAGAAAGUGAACAUCCGAAAAGUGAAAAGCUGGGAGACUCUGCAGUCCCCAAGGAGUCAUAUACUACUCUUACUAGGGAAGAUAAAGACCGCCAAAAAUCUCUGCCUCCUAUAACAUUAGCCUACAGUUUGGAUGCUGUACCACAGAGUGAGAUAAAUACGUGUGUACAUACCUCCAAAACAGAGCUGGAGGAUACAGUUAGCAAGGAGCCACUGCAAGCCAUGACUAAGGAAUACUCUUAUACUGACAAUGAAUUCAAAGAUGAAUCAUCCAUUGAAGAAUCUUCAGAGUUAAGACUGUCUAAUUUAGAAGAAGUCCCUGAGUCUGAUACUACAGAGUGCUGGGAAGAGGAGGACUUUGAAGAAUAUCAAGAGGGUGUCGAUGAAAAACAGGCUGAAACCCUAGGCAAAAAGCAGAGGACAACCCAACAGAUAAGCAAGUCCUCUUUGGUCCGCCAAGAAUGCCUAGAACACGAUCAACAAAUUGUAGCACUGCUCUCCAUGGUGCGGCACACUGAAGUCCGUCUUAAGCAACAGCAGCAGCAGUUCAUGGGGAGGAGUCUUGCCACACUUGAUGACAUCAUUAAACAGACAGAGGCUCUUGCUCUAGAACUCACUGAUUUGGAGCCCCAAGUAAACAGGGAGGUAGACGCAGCCAAGCAGCUCCUGGAGUCACACAAUGAGGAUGUCCCACCCCAGUUAGUCACAGCCUUAGAUAAGGACCAGCGGAGUUUGUCCCGUACGUUUAAUGCUGCGAGAAAACUUGCCGAGAGUGCUCUGCAAGGGAUGCAAUCACAUCGUGAUGCACAGAAGGAGGCAGUGCGUACUGAGUUGGAGUUUCUGACUGGGCGAGUGGAGAGUCUUCUUGGCUGGCUUAAAGACACAGAAGCUCAGAUGGAGCAAGAAGCAGCUUUAUCUGAGGAUGGAAAGAUUAAAGAGAAUGAGAGAAGAACAUUAGUGUGGCUCACUCAAAAACUGCAACAAGUCAAGGAUCUACAGGAGUGUCUCACAACCCGCUCCAGUGAUGUAAAUGCUGUGGCGUUUGACAUCCAGGUGUUCAUCUCAGAGCGCGCACAGGAUCUGGCACCUGAGCAAAGCAGGCAUCUGCUGGGACAGUUGCAGCAGCUCCAGAGUGCCUUUCACCAGGCCUCGGGCCGCACCCACGCCAGGGCUGAGGCCCUCUCAGUCCAACGAGUCAGAGAAGAGGAGCGAGAGCAGAAGGAACGAGAGAGGGAACAGGAGGAAAGAGAAAGAGAAAAAGAGAGACUGACUGCUAGGGAGAGAGAGGUAGUGCAGCAGCAGAAAGCAGAGUGCUCACAGAAGCUUGAAGGCCUCAGUAUGUGGUUGGCUGGUGCAGCGAGUCUGCUGGCCAGUCAGAGAACGGGAGCUGAGUCAGAUGAUGUGAAUGUACUUCAGAAAAAGCACAGUGAGCUCAAGGAGGUGCAGAAAGAUCUUCAGACCCAAGGUGAUGGCAUGAUGGAGACAAUUCGGUCAGUGGAGGAGUUCCUGGCUGAGCGUGGUGAGGAUCUGAGUCCAGAGGAAAGGGCUAACCUACAGGCAGCACUGACACAUAUGAAAGAGCAAUACCACACCCUCAAAGACACUGCCCAGUCCUCACUGGCUCAGCUGGACUCGACCAUCAACACAACACUCCAGCAAAACACACAAAGGGCUAAAGCAGAGGAGCAGCUGCAGGAGACUCAGGGAAAAAUAGAUGUGCUGCUUAAGGAGUUAUCAUCACUGGACACCUCUAGUGGGAAAUCACUUGGAGAGACUGUUCCAGAUGCCAACGUGCCAGGGGAGUCACUGAACUCGCACAAUGAUAUGCUGAAGGCUGAAUUACAGCAGUUACAAGCCCUGCAGGCCCACCUCCUACAGGUGGCCCAGUCCACACGCUCUCUCCUGGAGCAGCCAGACUCCAGUUUGCCGCCGGAGGAGAAGCAGCGCCUGCGCGCUAGACUAGACCACCUCCAGAGCCAGCACCAAGAACGUCUACAGAGCUGCCAGGAGAAACUAAGACGGACUGAAGCACUUCAGGAUGACCUCUCCAAAUUUAUGGAAGAACAUGGCAACCUGGGAGCAUGGCUGGAACAGAGUGAGAGGGAGCUGAGUUCCUUAAGGGAAGGAGAAGCUGAUGCACAGGGACUAAAAGACAGGCUGGAGGAGCACAAAAAGCUGGCAGAUGAUGUGAUCUGCCACAAGGCAGAUUUGCGCUUCGUGUCCAUUUCUGGACAGAAGGUACUGGAUUCGAUACAAGGGACUCAGGAAAGGGUGGGUGCUAUUGACCAAGCUCUACAGGACACAAGGCAGCUUGUCAGUGAUAAGCUACAAGAUGCAACGCAGCGCUACAGUUCUCUACAAAACAAGUCUGUCGAUCUUGGUACCCAUCUGUCCAGUCUACUGGAUCAGUACCAGCAGUACCAGGAUGAGGCUACAGCUCUGGAUUCUUGGCUCAGUGCUCAGGAGCAGAACCAGAGCAUAUUGAAACCCAGUGGAGAGCAGACAGAUACACAGACACUACAAAAUACACUGAGUACUGUACAGCAUCUGCAGGACGAGCUCAGUGAGCACACGGUGCAAUUGGAGAAGGUGAGGAAAGCUGGGAAAGUGCUCACUAGCACCCAGGAAUCCCCCAAACUCAAAACAGCAGAUAUCAACACCACCACAGAAACACUAGAGAAGCGGUUUGAAACUCUGUCAGAGUGUGUGUCUCAGAGAGCUGAGCAACUCCAGACUGCUGUCGCUCAGUCUGUCAGUGUACAGGAGGGGCUCAAAGCACUGCUGUCCUGGCUGGAUGGUUUAGCAUUAGACCCUGGACCAGUCCAACCUACUGCCCAAGCAGUGCAGGAGGCCCUCACCCAAAAUCAGAAACUGCGGCAGGAAUUAUUGUCGCGGCAGGGCAGUGUGGAGGCCACUCGUGACUCUGUGUCCAAGCUGCUGAAAUCAGCCGAUGCAUCAACAGUCUCUGGUCUGCAGGGGGCACUGCAGGACCUGAGUCAGCGCUACACCGCAGCCCAGACCAAGCAGGCUGAAAAAGAAGCCGAACUGCGGGUAGUUCUGCCCAAGCUGGAGGGCUUCGAGCGCCUGAGCUCGGACCUUCGAGACUUCACUCAGAGCCACGAGAGAGUUCUGAGCCUCGGGGGCCUGCCGGACCACAGUGUUGAGGAUUAUAAACACACCAUAGAGGAGGUAAAAUCAGAUCUUGUCCAAGAAACAAGUCAGUUGAAGUCAUUUGUGGAGCUUGGUGCAGACCUGAGCAAGUCAGGGCUAUUUGCCAGUGCACACAGCCUUGUGGACUCAACCAAAGAAGUGUCUGAAGAGUUUGCUCGACUAGAAGCCAGCGUCAAUGAGAGGCUGAAUGCCAUCCAGAGCUGUGACCAGCAGCUGGUGCAGUUCCGCUUGCUUUCUGGCUCCCUCCUCAGGUGGCUGCAGAUGGCACAAGAGCAGCUGCCUGCUAAAGAACCCAACCUCACCACAGAGGGCCUGCAGAGGAGAGUACAUCAGCUCAAGGACCUGCUGAGUGAGUGGGAGUCCCAGGGCAAUCAAGUUCAGGAGCUAAACAAGAGCAGCUCAGAGCUGGAGAGUCUGAUCAUCAGCAUCACUGCUCCACAAAGCAAGACUGGUGUCCCCACGCUCAAUGGUGCCGGUGGCUCCAGCAGUCUCAAUGGCAUUCACACCUGCAGAGACCUGACUGAGAUCCAGGUGGUGGUAGCAGACGUGAACAGCAGGUAUGAGCAGCUGGGUGGGGAUCUUCAGGAGAGGCAGGGCAGGCAGCAGGCUUCUCUGGAGCUGUGCCAGAAGGUCAGACAGGACUCUGAGGCUCUGCACCAGUGGCUAGGUCCUCGGGAACAGAGCCUGGCACAGGGGCAGACUGCAUCACCCUCACGGCCUGAGGUUGUGCGUGCCCAGGCCCGGGAGAACAAGGCCUUGCUGUCUGAACUUGCAGAACACUCUGGGAAAGUGGAGGACCUGAAGAACACUCUAAAACAACUGAUACAAGAAAAUCCUGACUCCCCUGAAGCAGAGACCUGGAAACAACAACUAAAAGACAUAGAAUUUCGAUGGGAGAACGCCAAUCAAACUGCAGCACAGAGACAGACAGAACUGGAGACGUGUGCUGACAGACUGGGCAACUUUGCAUCAGCAGCCAAUCAGCUUGGUCCCUGGCUGCGAGAGAAAGAGCUAAUGAUGAGUGUGCUCGGUCCCCUGAGCAUUGACCCGAACAUGCUUAACACUCAGAAGCAACAAGUGCAGUUUAUGCUGCGUGAAUUUGAGACACGGCGUGCCCAGUUUGACCAGCUGACCCAUGCAGCAGAGGGCAUCCUCUCACCCGUUGGAGAGCAGGGUUCUGGGGACAGCCAGGAUGUAGCAGAGGUGAAGCAGGAGCUGGCGUCCAUCACCCAGCAGUGGGAGGACCUGACUUCUCGCCUGUCCGGACGUUCCGACCAGAUUGAGCGUGCUCAGGGCACCAGCGAGAGCUUCCAGGCUCUGCUGAGGGAGCUCUCCCAAAGUUUGUCCCAGUUGGCUGAGAAGUUGGAUGCCCAGGCCUCGCUUAGUGCCCAGCCUGAGGCCCUGCGGCAAAGGCUGAAGGAGACAGGAGAGAUCCGUGCAGAGCUCGAGCAGAGGAGAGGCCAACUGGCCAAGGCCGAGCAGCUGUGUGCAGAGCUCAGCGCUAUUGUGGUGGAACCCUACCUCCGAGAAGAGCUGCAUAAGAGACUAGAGAGUGUCAGUGGCCCACUCAACAGCCUUGAGGAAAGAGCAGCGGAUGGCCUGUCCCAGCUGCAGGCUGCUCUCUCAAGCACACAGCAGUUCCAGCAGAUGUUUGAGGAGCUCCGUGCCUGGUUAGAUGGGCAGGCUGCUGCAAGUAAACCCAGCCUGUCUGACACUCUCCCUUGCCAGCCUGAAGUUCUGCAAGCCUUUCUUGCCCAGCAAGAAGAGCUCCAACGUGGUGUGGCGCAACAGCGAGGGUCAUACGAGCUCAUCCAGGCUGAGGGAGCAUCUAUCCUGGCAUCACUUCCUGCUGGAGAUGAGCGCUCAGGUCUGCAGGCUCGACUCACCAAACUGCGCCAGGACUGGGAGGAAGUAAACCAACGCGUCACAGAAAAGCAAGCACAUAUCAAAGAGACACUGAGCCGUGCCGUACAGUACAGGCAGCAUCGUGAUGAACUGGAUCCCUGGCUGAAGGAAUGUGAGCAGAAAGAGGCAGAGAUCCAACCUUCUCUGGAGUCUGCACCCCUAGAAGAAGCCCUGCAGAAAGCAAGGCAGUUAGGCCUGGACUUAGAUCGUCGUCGCCCCCUAUUGGAGGCUCUGAAUUCUGCAGCUGACCAGCUCCUGGAGCAGAGCCGGACUGGAGAGGAGGAGGUGAGGGAUGAGAAAGCCCAGCUGAACCGCAGGUUGGAUGGCCUCUCUGAGAGAUUACAUGGACGCAUGGCUCAGCUAGAGGAGCUGAACAGCAGACUGAAAGAGUUUGAAGAUGGUAGACUGGCAGUAGAGAGAAGACUGGAGGCAGCCAGGCAUCAGCUGGAGGUGCAGGAGGCAUUGGGCCCUCAAGCAUGCAGUAACAAGAGUCUGGAGCGCCUGCGCAGCCAACAGGAGGCACUCAGCUCCCUACAGCCACAAGUGGUAUAUCUGCGGGAUCUGGCCAAGGGGCUGGCACAGGAUGCGCCUCAGACAACAGGGGGUAGUAGAGAUGGAGGACAAAAUCUGGUGCAGCAGGCUCAGGACACAGAGAGGGAGUUUGGAGAAGUGACUGAGAAGAUUGAGCAGUGCUGCUCUUCCCUCGAGUCACGCCUGCAGGGCGUAGGAGAAGUCCAGUCACACGUCCGUGAUGUCUUCUCACGCCUGGCGGACUUAGACGAUGAGCUGGACAGCCUGAGCCCUGUGGGGCGGGACGUGGACUCCCUGGCUUCACAGGCAGAUGCAAUAAGGGGAUUCCUGGGGCGCCUGGUCUCCCUGCGGACUGAGCUUGAAGGCCAUGGCAGUGCCUGCACAGCCAUGCUGAGGCGAGAGGGUAGCUCCCCUGAUCUCCUUGCCCUCAGGAGGGAGACGGAGGCUUUGAGUCGCCAGGCAGCCAAGCUGGCUGAGAGAGGUCAGGGUCGCCUUGCACUCAUAGAAGAAGCUGAGGAGCGAGUGAAGGAGUUCUACGCCCGCCUCACAGAGCUACAAGGGCUACUCGACCGGGCAGAGGAAGGGCUGAAUGCACAAGGUGUUGUGGGAACUGAAGUGGACAUCAUCAAACAACAGCUCCAGGAAUUUAAGGCUGUGGAGCGAGAGCAGGUAGACAGCAUCCAGCCCAAACUGCACUACGUGAAUGCUGUGGGACAGGGGCUAAUCCAGAGUGCAGCUAAACACACAGACACACAGGCUCUGGAGCAUGACCUGGAAACCACCAACCUGCACUGGAACUCCCUCAACAAAAGGGUCGCCGAGAGAAUUGCUCAGCUCCAGGAAGCCCUUCUGCAUUGUGGGAAGUUUCAAGAUGCUCUGGAACCUCUGUUAAGCUGGUUAAGUGACACAGAGGAGCUGAUAGCCAAUCAGAAGCCUCCAUCAGCUGAGUACCGUGUGGUUAAAGCACAAAUACAAGAACAGAAGCUGCUGCAGCGGUUGCUGGAUGACCGGCGUGGGACGGUAGAGAUGAUCCGGGGUGAAGGCGAGCGCAUUGCAGCCACAGCAGAGACACAAGACAGAGAAAAGAUCCAGAGACAGCUGCGAAGUUUGAGAGAACGAUGGACAGAUCUUAUAGAGAAGGCCAGUGCCAGGCAACGUCAGCUGGAGGAGCUGCAGGUUCUCGCUCUGCAGUUCCAUGAGUCAGUGGAGCCUUUGGGAGAGUGGCUGAGUGCCACAGAGAGACGCCUGAGCUCCGCUGAGCCCAUGGGAACCCAGGCCUCCAAAAUUAGCCAGCAAAUCAGCCGUCACAAGGCCCUCCAAGAGGAGGUGUUGUCUCGGGAAAAAGAGGUGGACCAUCUAGAGGCCCUUGGCCAAUCUCUCUCCCCUCUCAGCUGUGCAGCAGACCGUGAUUGGCUCAGUGAGCGAGUGGUAGCAGUGCGCAGCGGGCACACAGAGCUGCGUAAUUGGUGCUCUCGGCGAGCGGCCAUGUUGGAGCAGGCCCUGGCCAAUGCACAGCUGUUUGGGGAGGAGGAGGUGGAGGUGCUGAACUGGCUGGCUGAGGUGGCCCAGCGCCUGGCCGAAGUCUCAGUGCAGAGCUACCAGCCCGAGCUGCUGGCUGAGCAGCACAAGUACACUCUGUCUCUGAAUGAGGAGAUUGUGAGUCGGAAGAAGACAGUGGACCAGGCCAUUAAGAAUGGACAGGCUUUGCUGAAACAGACCACAGGUGAAGAAGUGCUUCUUAUCCAGGAGAAGCUGGAUGGAAUAAAGAGCCGAUAUGCAGAGAUGACAGCAGGCAGCAGCAAAGCACUCCGUAACCUGGAGCAGGCACUGCAGCUCGCCACCCGAUUUGCCAGUGCCCACGAGGACCUCAACCAGUGGCUCGACUCUGUGGAGGCAGAGCUUAAUAACAUGGAGCCAGACACAACGCCAGCCUAUCAAGAGAGACAGAAGGACUUGAAAUGUGUGUCGGCUGAGAAGCGGCUCAUUCUGGACACAGUUAAUGAGGUGGGCAGUGCUCUGCUGGACCUGGUGCCUUGGCGAGCACGUGAAGGUCUGGACCGUCUCGUGGCCGAUGCCAACCAGCGCUACCGACAGGCCGACGAGACCAUUACACAAAGAGUGCAGCUUGUGCAAGCAGCCAUCCAGAGGUCGCAGCAGUAUGAGGAGGCUGUGGAUGCGGAACUGGCGUGGGUGGGGGAGACAGAGAGGAAGUUGGCCUCCCUGGGGCCACUGAGUCUGGAACCUGACGUGACCGUGGCUCAGCUCCAAGUCCAGAGAGCCUUCAACAUCGACAUCAUCCGCCACAAGGACACAGUGGACCAGCUCCUCCACACACGAGAGGAUAUCCUGGAGAGCUGCAAUGAGCAGCAGAGAGAAGCACUGAAGGUAAAAACGGAUUCACUGAGUACUCGCUAUGAGGCAGUGAGUCAGAACCAUGCCGAACGAUUCUCAGCACUGGAACAGGCUCAGGUGCUGGUUGCCCGCUUCUGGGAGACAUACGAGGAGCUGGACCCAUGGCUGGGUGAGACAGAGGCCCUGAUUACCCAGCUGCCUCCUCCUGCCAUUGAUACCGAGGCUCUCCGACAACAGCAGGACCAGAUGAGGCUGCUGAGAGAGUCUAUAGCUGAGCACAAGCCCCACAUUGACAAGCUGCUGAAGAUUGGCCCACAGUUGGCUGAGCUAAGUGCCCAGGAGGGGGCGACGCUGAGACAGCGCUACAGCGAGGCGGAACACCGCUACCUGGCCAUCAAAGAGGAUGUCAAAGGUCGAGCUGCAGCACUGGAUGAGGCCUUCUCUCAGUCUGCACAGUUCCAUGAUAAGAUGGACCCCCUGUUGGAGACCCUCGAGGGAGCAGUGCAGCGUUUGCGGCAGCCUCCUCCUGUGGCAGCUGAGGUGGAGAAGAUCCGUGAACAGCUGGCAGAGCACCGGGCGGCCGGGCUGGAGCUGGACAAACUGCUGCCCUCAUUUAGUGCCCUGUGUGCGCGUGGGGAGGAGCUCAUCACCCGCGCAGCACAUGACGACCCUGCUGCUCAAGCGGUGCGCUCUCGGCUCCUGAGGCUCCGCUCCCUCUGGGAUGAGAUCAGACAGAGGGCAGAGGAGAGAGAGGGAAAACUGCAGGAUGUGCUGGACUUAGCUGGAAAGUUCUGGGCUGAUAUGGCAGCCCUGCUGAGCACGCUCCGAGACUCUCAGGAGAUUGUGAAAGAACUGGAGGACCCUGGAGUGGAUCCAUCACUGAUCAAGCAGCAGAUAGAGGCAGCAGAAGCCAUCAAAGCCGAGACAGACGGCCUGAGGGAGGAGCUGGAGAUUGUUCGCACACUGGGUGCUGAUCUCAUCUUUGCUUGUGGAGAAACUGAGAAACCAGAGGUCAAGAAGACCAUCGAUGAGAUGAAUGCUGCCUGGGAAGGCUUGAACCGCACAUGGAGAGAGAGGAUGGAGAAACUGGAGGAGGCUAUGACAGCGUCUGUGCAGUACCAGGACGCUCUACAGGGUAUGUUCGACUACCUAGACAACGCUGUCAUCAAACUUUGCGACAUGCAAACCGUAGGAACUGACCUCAGCACCGUCAAACAACAGAUAGAGGAGCUCAAGCAAUUCAAGGUUGAAGUGUACCAGCAGCAGAUAGACAUGGAGAAGCUGUGCCACCAGGGGGAGCUACUGCUCAAAAAGGUUUCUGACCAAGCAGACAGAGACAUGAUCCAGGAACCUCUCACUGAGCUCAGGCACCUGUGGGACAAUCUGGGAGACAAGAUCACUCUCAGACAGCACAAACUGGAAGGAGCUCUUCUAGCCCUGGGUCAGUUUCAGCACGCUCUGUCUGAGCUGCAGUCCUGGCUAAGCCACACACAUGCCACCCUGGACACCCAGAGACCCGUCAGCUCCGACCCCAAAGCCAUCGAGAUCGAGCUGGCCAAACACCAUGUGUUGCGCAACGACGUCCUGUCCCAUAGAGCCACAGUGGAGACAGUGAACAGUGCAGGCUCAGAGCUGCUGGAGUCCAGUCCUGGAGACGAGGCUAGCCACCUGAGAGACCAGCUGGAUGAGCUGAACCGCAGCUGGGACAGCUUACUCCUGAAGACAGAUGAGAGACAGAAACUACUAGAGACAGCGCUGCAACAGGCGGAGGGUUUCCAUGGUGAGCUGGAGGAGUUCCUGCAGUGGCUGAGGCGCACAGAGAGUCAGCUAUCAGCAGCCAAACCCACAGGUGGCCUUCCUGAGACGGCCAGGGAGCAGCUGCAGCAGCACAUGGAGCUGCAGGCUCAGUUGACACAGCGUGGUGAACAGUACCACCGACUGCUAGAUCAAGGAGAGUCCAUGCUGUUGGCCAGAGGGGGUGAGGAGGCCAGCCCUGGAACCACUCAAACCCAGCAGAAUCUGGCCCUGCUCCAAAACAAGUGGACCAGUCUGAAUGCCAAGAUGGACGACAGGAGGGCUAAGCUGGAGGAGGCUGUAUCUCUGGCGACAGGCUUCCAAUCAUCACUGCAGGACACCAUCAACUGGCUGACGCAGGCAGAGCAGACUCUGAACAUGGCCCAGCCACCUAGCCUCAUCCUUGACACUGUCCUCUUCCAGAUAGAUGAGCACAAGGUGUUUGUGAAUGAGGUGAAUACACACAGGGAGCAGGUGCUGGCUCUGGAGAAGGCAGGUUCUCAGCUGCGCUUUGCCAGUCUCAAACAGGAUGUGGUGCUCAUCAAGAACCUGCUGUUGAGCGUGCAAGCUCGUUGGGACAAGCUGGUGCAGAGGUCUCUGGACAGAGGACGGCACCUGGACGAGGCCCGCAAGAGAGCCAAACAGUUCCAUGAGGCUUGGAGGAAGCUGACAGACUGGCUGGAGGAGGCUGAGAAAAGACUGGACUCUGAGCUGGAGAUCUCCAAUGAGCCUGAUAAAAUCAAAGUGCAGCUCACUAAACAUAAGGAGUUUCAGAAGGCUCUUGGUUCUAAGCAGCCAGUAUAUGACACCACUGUGCGCUCUGGGAAGGCCAUGAGAGACAAAGCUACCCUGCCAGCUGACACACAGAAACUGGACAACCUCCUCGGGGAGGUCAGAGACAAGUGGGACACUGUGUGUGGGAAGAGUGUCGAAAGGCAGCACAAGUUGGAGGAGGCCCUGCUGUUCUCGGGUCAGUUUGCCGAGGCUCUGCAGGCUCUUGUGGACUGGUUGUACCGCGUAGAGCCACAGUUAGCUGAAGACCAGCCUGUCCAUGGAGACCUGGACCUCGUCUCUAAUCUCAUGGAUUCCCAUAAGGCCUUCCAAAAGGAGCUGGGGAAAAGGACCGGUAGCAUUCAGGCACUAAAACGUUCUGCUCGGGAGCUUAUGGAGACAGGUCGGGAUGACACCGCCUGGGUCAAAGUUCAGCUGCAGGAGCUCAGCAACCGCUGGGAUACUGUCUGCGCAUUGUCUGUCUCCAAACAGACGCGUCUCCAGCAGGCUCUCAAACAGGCUGAGGAGUUCCGCACAGCAGUGCAGAUGUUAUUGGAGUGGCUCUCGGAGGCAGAGCAAACCCUGCGUUUCCGAGGCAUCCUGCCAGAGGAGGUGGAGACCUUGCAGGCCUUGUUACACACGCAUCGUGACUUCAUGCAGACUGUGGAAGAGAAGAGAGUGGAUGUGAACAAAGCAGCUGGCAUGGGGGAGGCCAUACUGGCAGUAUGCCAUCCUGAUUGUAUCACCACCAUCAAACACUGGAUCACCAUCAUCAGGGCCCGCUUUGAGGAGGUUUUAACAUGGGCGAAGCAGCAUGAGCAACGGCUGGAGGCAGCACUUGCAGAACUACUCAGCAAUGCAGCACUGUUGGAAGACCUGUUGUCAUGGCUACAGUGGGCGGAGACUACAUUAGUGCAACGUGACACUGAGCCCCUCCCCCAGGACAUCACUCAGCUUAAAACGCUGAUCACAGAGCACCAGGUUUUCAUGGAGGAGAUGACUCGUAAACAGCCUGACGUAGAUAAAGUGACAAAAACCUACAAGAGAAAACCAUCAGAAUCUUCUAGCAGUCUUGCUGAGAGAAGGGGUGUCCGCAAGCAGCAACAGCAGCAGCAGCCUGCCAUGCAGGUAACCGGAGGAAACCCUCGUCUUAACCAGCUCUGUUCACGAUGGCAGCAGGUUUGGCUACUGGCCCUGGACCGCCAACGCAAGCUCCAUGAUGCCCUCGACAGGCUAGAAGAGCUGAAAGAAUUUGCCAACUUCGACUUUGAUGUGUGGAGGAAGAAGUACAUGCGCUGGAUGAAUCAUAAGAAGUCUCGCGUCAUGGACUUUUUCAGACGCAUCGACAAGGACCAAGAUGGGAAAAUCACUCGGCAGGAAUUUAUCGAUGGCAUCCUGGCAUCAAAAUUCCCCACCAGCAAGCUAGAGAUGACUGCAGUGGCUGAUAUCUUUGACCGUGAUGGUGACGGUUACAUUGAUUACUACGAGUUUGUGGCGGCUCUGCACCCUAAUAAGGAUGCUUACAGACCCACUACAGAUGCAGACAAGAUUGAAGAUGAGGUCACCAGACAAGUGGCCCAGUGCAAGUGUGCUAAGAGGUUCCAGGUGGAGCAGAUUGGGGAGAACAAGUACAGGUUUGGGGACUCUCAGCAGCUGCGUCUGGUGAGGAUCCUGCGCAGCACAGUCAUGGUUCGGGUGGGAGGGGGCUGGAUGGCGCUGGAUGAGUUCCUGGUCAAGAACGACCCUUGCAGAGCACGUGGACGUACCAACCUGGAGCUGCGGGAGAAGUUCAUUCUUCCCGAAGGAGCCUCGCAAGGUAUGGCAGCCUUCCGCUCCCGUGGCCGACGCUCCAAGCCUUCAUCGCGCACAGCCUCUCCAACACGCUCCUCCUCCUCAGCCUCGCAGAGUGCACAGAGCUGUGCCUCAGUGCCCUCUGCCCCUGCCACGCCUACUGCCUCCUCAAGGUCCUCCCAAUCUCAAUCGCGGGGCUAUGCCAAGCCCUGGCUGGCACACAGUAAAACUCCAACUCCAACCAAGUGCCAGUCCUGCCCAGAGCACAGCCACACUCCUGGGCAUGAGGGAGGCUCCACGUCCAAGCUUAAAAGGCCACCGUUCCAUUCCAGCCGUGGAUCUCUGACGGGCGAAAAUGGUGGAACCACACCUGCUGCUAAACCUACACGCUCUGACAAUAAGCGCACUCCGUCCUCGGCCAGCGGACCCGCUAGUCGUGCAGGAAGCCGUGCUGGGAGCAGAGCCAGCAGCCGCAGGGGCAGCGACGCCUCAGACGCUUCUGAGCUGAUGGAGACACGCUCAGCCUGCUCUGACACUUCAGACACACCGCGUCGCCCAGGCGCCAAACCUUCCAAAAUCCCUACCAUCACCAAGAAGACCCCCAGUCCCAAAACACCAACGACUAAGAAGUAGCGUGUUUUCACCAUAAACAGGUGGAGAUGGGGGACAGGAGUACAGGGCACUGAUGUUGAUGCUGCACCAUUUUUUUCGUAGUGCAUGCCACUUAACCUACCUGGCCACCAGCACAGGCAUGUGGGAUUGAUGAGAAUAGAGAACUGGAACAUCUCUAACUACUCCAGCUGUACUAAAAACACCUGGACACUGCUGACCCCAGAACUGCCCCCUACAACAAACGUAACAGUGCUGCCUUAUUUGUGUUACAAUUUGACUGACUUAGUUUCUUGAACAUGUCACUGAGCUGGAAAGCAACUAACACGUACGCACAUGGACACGUGGAGUGGCACUACCACUGGAACUGGGAUUUUAUCUCAGCCCCGUCAAUAUGCAAUGGCGAGCCACUCUUUAGCGCUGAGACUGGGAGAUGGUACAGCCACGAUUCCAAUACUGACUCUCAUAGGCACACAUUUCUUUAGGAUUUCUGUGAAAAAAAAAACAGUGGUAAUGAUUCUGACCUUUUUUCCACUGUAUGCAAAGCUACUUGUUGUUUAGCAGAUUUUAUUCUGAAACGACUCAAGAACCUCACUAAGUAUUCUGCACCUAGACCAUGUGGUAUGUGUGGUUUGUGUGCUAGUUUCUUUCAUGGUGGAUGAACUGAACAACAAUUCAAGGAAGUGGUGAGCGAUUCAUCAUCUCAUCCUUGCUAGUGAGUCAGAAGCUUGGGCAUGUGACCACAGCUUUCCUGGUUGUCUCAACAAAGCGUCCACCAACACUCACUGACGGCAUUUGAUGUCCAUCUGAUAUCCGUAUGUUUGUUUCUACAUUCAGCAAACAUAGAAAGUCCUAAAUCCUGAGAGCACUUAAGUGACUCGUACAGCAGAAUUUCACACAUGCACUGACAUUUUCUUUCCUUUUAAGCCUGAUGCUAAUAAAAUCAGGCAUACUCACCUGUGUGUUUUAACCAUGAUUAGUUACACAUAUCAUGUUACAGAGAUCUUUUAGUUGCUUCACGUUAUGAGAAACCCUUCAAGAAAUUGUGAAUGUUUCAUGGUUAAUUUAUAAUCCUAACGUAUUUUGUUUUGCUUGUUUCUUUUCUAGUGUAAAAAAAUAAUGUGUAUUUAUUUUUCAUUACAGUAUAAUAUCACAUUCUGGGAAACUCUAGUAUUACAUUAUGUCUGAUAACUUUUUUGUGCUUUUUGUGUUUCUGCCUUUGUUCUAAUGAUUUUUCUGAUAAUGGUCGUUAGUGAUAUAAUGGACCACAAAGCUGACUGAUUUCAAUGGUGGCCUUUUUGCCAGCGAUUACAGCCUCUAGAUCAUGUCAAAAAUUGCUUCCCACUUUGUUGUUGGAAGCUCUUACAGAAAGUCAGAUUGCGGGGAUUUGACCACAUACCCCAUGAAAUGACUGUUCACAUAGCCUUGUCUUUGACAAGCUGAAGCAUAUGAAUAUCUAAUGAAAGUGAAAUCGGAAGGUAAUUUUUAUUUAUUUAUUGUGUCUAAGGGAGGGGGGGUAAGGGCUAUGAAAUGGAUUCAUCUUUUGAGUCUGUGCAACUCUCUCAGUAUGAUGAAGAGAUAAGGGAGCAGGGUGCGAUUGUGUACAAGUGAAAAGUUAAGAUUAUAAAUUCUUUUUUUGUUCUCUUUUGUAUUAAAAUUAUGCUUGCAGUAAA